AUUCUGCUCACACUCGGGCCUCAGGCUCAGUGGAGCUCAACUCCGGGGUGUUGGUGGCAGCGCUGAGGGCCCCCACUGCCCCGUCAUGGCGUCUGCUCUCACCGUCCUCUUCUUCGGCUGCUGGCUGGCCGGUCACAGCGGGGCGUGGGGAGGGCGUGAAUUUCUCAAACCCACUGUCUGGGUGAGCCCCAGCCGGGUGGUGGCGCUCGGGGGAAGCGUCACCAUCCGCUGUGAGGGUUCAUACCCGGGCUGGGAGUUCUUUCUGCGUAAAGCUGGACACCCUGACCGGCAGCUGCAGACGGUGCCUGUUGGGACCGUGGCUGAAUUUCCCAUCCCCAGUGUCGGCUGGGAAGAUGGAGGGACCUACACCUGUGACUAUUGCUCCAUAACGGAUCAGAAUCGCUGCUCAUAUCCCAGCGACCCCGUUGAGAUCAUUGUAGGAGAGCCCAGCUACCCCAAACCCAACAUCUCCCUGAGCCCCAGCGGGGGGGUCUCCCUGGGGGGAGCCGUGUCCGUCUGGUGUUGGGGGCAGCGCCAGGGCGUGCGGUUCGUGCUGAACAAAGAGGGACGCCAUUUCCCAGCUGUGGAUUCGAGCGGGUCUGGGGCUGUGUUUUUCAUCAGCAACGUGAGCCGGGAGCACGGCGGGAGAUACAGCUGCUCCUAUCACAGCAGAUCGGGGUCAGCCGUCGCGUCGUCCCCCAGCGACCCCGUGGAGCUGGCGGUGAGAGGGGGAAUCAACCUGACCCUGCCUGGAGCGGCGCCGGCUCCCACCCAACCGGGCAGCGCGGGGCCAGCAGCUCCAGGUCUGACCACCCUCAUCAUCGCCGGGGCGAGCGCGGCAGCCGCCGGCCUCCUCCUCCUCCUCCUCCUCCUCCUCGUGGCCUUCGUCUGCUUCAGAAAAACCCGAGCCAGAAAAGGAGCCGCACCGAGACCCAGCAGCACUAUCUCGUUGGGGAAGUUGGAGGCCUUGGCUCAGCAAGACCCCAACUACUCCUCCGUCGACGAAGGGAAAGAGACACAGACCCUGCCCCAGGAGCCCGACCCUGGCACCGAUGGUCUCACCUACGCCGAGCUGGACAGCCAGGCGCUGCAUGCCAAGCCGGGGGGCCCGGCUCCUGCCCCUGAGCCCACCCAGCCCAGCAUGUACGCCAUGAUCAGCGUGAGCCAGGGGGCCUUGCAUGGAGCUGGGCUUUGGGGCGUUGGGGGCAGUGCUGAGGGGCACCCCGCUGCCCCCAUCAUGGCAUUUGCUUUCACAGUCCUCUUCCUCGGCUGCUGGCUCGCUGGGCGGAGCGGGAUGUCAGGAGAGGGGUCCUACCCCAAACCCUCCAUCUGCGUCAGCCCCGGUGGGGUGAUCCCCAUGGGGGGAAACGUCACCAUCCGGUGUUGGCAUCAGGGCCGAGGCAUGAGGUUCCUCCUCUACAAGGAUGGAGACGGGAACCAUCCGACGUACACGGACCCUGCUAGUUAUGUGGCUGAAUUUCCCAUCCCCAGCGCCAGACGGAAACACGGGGGCAGCUACACCUGUCGUUAUAGCCACAGAACAGGACCAACCCGCUACUCGGAGCCCAGCGACCCUGUGCAGAUCAUUGUAGCCGAUCCCAGCUUACCCAGACCCUCCAUCUCUCUGAGCCCCACUGGGGUCACCGCCCCAGGGGCAGACGUCACCAUCCGGUGUCAGGGGCAGCGCCGGGACGUGAGGUUCUUCCUGCACAAGGCUGGAGACCUGAACCCGCCGCGACACAUGGACCCUGCUGGGGACGGGGCCGAGUUCCACAUCCCCACCGUGGGCCGGCAGCACGGAGGGAGCUACGGCUGCAGCUACCGGCCCCGGUCAGAGCCCUUCGUCUCCUCGCAGCCCAGCCACCCCGUGCAGCUGGUGGUAGCAGAUCCCACUCUGCCCAAGCCCUCCGUCUCUGUCCGCCCCAGCCGGGGGUUCGCCACGCAGGAGCCGGUCGCCAUGUCCUACCCCAGCGACCCUUCAUUGCUGGGGGUGAGAGAUUACACCGGGGGCAACAUCGUCCGCCUGGCCCUGAGUGCCGGGGUCCUGCUGGCCCUGGCGCUGAUCCUGGCCAAGGCUGCCCACAGCUGGAGGAGGGGCGGACGGUAGGUGAGGUGAGCCCCCCAACACUCCGCGAUUCCCCCCACUACAGCCUGGCUGCCUCCGCGUUGGGGAAGGGCAGCGGGGUCACCCUCACCCCGAGCGACGUGACGCUGCAUCGUCAGGAUGGAGCCGGAAGGACCAGUGCAGCCGAAUCCGUCUGAGCAUCCGGAUGGGCCCAGCUCGGCGUGGGGCUGGGGGAGGGACUGUGUCAGGGCCGCCAUCUAGGGGUGGCGGAAAUGGCUAAUGGCAGCGGGAUGGGGAGUCUGCGCCACGGGGCGCCCUGGGGAGAGCUCCGGGCCCUACAAGACGGCUGGGCCAUCAAGGCAAGGACAGGGCUUCAUGGGCAGCACCCCCCCUGCUCAUGGUCUCCGGGACGCGCUCCGAUACAGCCACGCCGGAGAGGACAUGGGAUUGACCCCCCUGCCUGAGCCACCCCGGGGGUCGUUCGCACGGUUGUGGCGGUGGAGCCUGCGAAGCGGCCCGGCUGCGAGCUCCCCUGUAAAACCCACGGGCAAGUUCCCCAGCUGUGCCAAGGCCGCGGGAACCAGGGGAAAUUGGGGACGACGCUGGACGUUGUAACCCAGGUGAGAGAACCAGACACAGACGCUGGGUUGGUCUGACCUGAAAAGCCCCCUGGCUACAGCCCCAUGACUGUCGAUAUCGUGCUGGGGGAAAACAGAAGCUGGAACCAGGAGAUAAUAGCCCCAAAUUGGCGGGAGGGACUUUGGGCCAGCACAGAGAGAUGUCCCCAGCCAAGAGGCCCUGCAGGCCAGACUCGGAGGGGGAUCCUAACGCUGGGAAGAAGGGUCCUGCCAUCUAGCACCUGAGGGCAUCUGGCCACAGCCAGAAUAAGUGUCUGACCUGUGUGUGAUGGGGUCCCCAAGGAGCAACCCGGACUGUGGGACCCCCUCCAUAGCCACUAACCUGGCCUGCCUCUCACACUGUGAUGCUGAUGUCAAGCUGCGAACCUCGGAGAGGCUCUGCAGUCACACAGCCAUCCACAGGCAGGGACCCACCCAAAUGUGUUACACGAAUGAUCUCCCAGCCACUCAGGUACCAUCAAUAGGGGGGCUCCAGCCAAUUCCCGCCAGCUCCCCAGCCUUGCACCCCAGACUGGUACCAUCCUACCCUGGUCAGAAGCCAGUCCAGUGUAAGUUCAUUAAGUUCACCCCUCCCUCGGUGUGGAGUGGACACGCACUAGCCUUUGUAAACUGAGUGGAGAUUUCUCAAGCACUUCAAGCAAAACACACUGUCUUAGGUCAGAUAUAAAAGAGAUUUAUUAACUCCAGAAGGAGAGAUUUUAAGAGGUUAUAAGGAGCAGGUGCAGAGAUCAGAGUUGGCUACUUAAGAAACAAAAAUAUAUUCGCAGUCUAAUUUCUACAAAUGAAACAGGAUUUGAAUCAGGCAGUGUCUCCCCCUGACAGAUGAUACAAGCAGGUUACAGAUCCUCAAUACACAGACUGGACUCCAUCCCAGCCUGGGACCACCCUUCUCCAGUUCAAAGCCUUUGUCCUUCAGACCUUCCUCCAGGUGUUGAGUUGUGAGGAAGAGAAGCCCUUAUGUCCCUUCCCCUCGCUUAUAUUUUUUUCCAGUUUGCUGGAAAGAUCUUUGCUGUGACCCGGGGAUCAGGCAGUCCCCAUUGCUCAAGCAAUCUCCAUUGUACUCAGUCUCUGGGAUAGUGGAUUCUUUCCUUGAGGGGUGUUGAUGAGCUAUUAACAGUGUCUGGCUGGUCCUCUGUUGCAGUUGAAAGUUUGGCUGUGGGCAUCUCCCAACUUCAGGCCAUAGUUGAGUAGCACACACAGCAAUGCUUCAUCACUUCCCCUACAAGGAUCGCACAUACAAUGCACCAGGACAGGAAUGUUCAAGAGGCUUUUAAAUGUUUAACAACAUUAAUGUUAAUGUUCAACUUUGUUAACGUUCAACACUUUUAAAAUGAUGCCUCACAAGGCAGACUUUGUACCCAAGUUUCAGAGUAACAGCCGUGUUAGUCUGUAUUCGCAAAAAGAAAAGGAGGACUUGUGGCACCUUAGAGACUAACCAAUUUAUUUGAGCAUAAGCUUUCGUGAGCUGCAGCUCACUUCAUAGGAUGCUUAUGCUCAAAUAAAUUGGUUAGUCUCUAAGGUGCCACAAGUCCUCCUUUUCUUUUUGUACCCAAGCUAUCAUAAUUCUAUCGUAGUGGUGAAUACGGGGGCUCCAUGGUGUUACUUUGAGGUACAGAUUGUCACCCUGUGGUAUCACUGUGGCACGGCCAGGGCCUGGGCAGGAUGCCUGGAAAGUGUGAGGAACAGACUGUGAACUUCCUUUCCCAUGCAGAGACACUGUUCGUGGUGUCCCCGUGCCCACAGGGCGGGGGACUUCUUUCCUUAAACCUUCCCCAUCUUUUCCUUAUUUUCUUAUGAGUUGUGUUUAAUGAAUUGUAUGUGCUCUGAACUCUGUGUGAUGAUCAGUGGGUCAGGGAAGCAUCCGGAGCAGAGAGAGUACCCCGGAGUGGGGACACCCUCACCCUUGUCCUAAGUGACCAUGACAAGACUGGGGGUUGAGCCCGCAGGAAUGCGGGGCCCAGCCUUGCCAGGGUUAUGAGGACUCUGCCACACAGGAGGGAGGAAAGGGGUAAAGGGCGUGGGAGCGAAGACUCAGAUCCUUUCGCCAGUCAAUCCCACCGGGGCGUGUAUAAGCCAGCAAAGUUCCCCACAAUAGCGGGACCAUUCCCCCGCUUACUCUAGGAGCGGGGUCAGCGGCCGCCCUGCCCGUCCGUCCGGAGAGUGAAAUGAACCGGUUCCUCCCCACGAAGCCCGGCUUUUCUGGAAACAAGCGGCUCUGCUCCGGUGACUCCCGAAGGAGCGGGACUUGGAGCCGGUCUGACUCUGGCUGUUGGCCGCCAUUGCUCAGCCCCCAUUUCAGUAGACAGGCUGGGUUUGUUUCCUUGUCUGGGGGUUUAACCCAAAAGCUUUGCCUUUGAAUGGCUGCUGCUGGGGGUUUGCCCAGGAGCCGAGUAAAACCAGGGGUUUGGUUUGAAACGAGCCCCCCGGCCCCCGGCCUGUGUUAAGCUGGCGAGGGAGGGAGUUUCCAACCCCCCUGAGCCCUCUGGGCCUGUGAGACCCUCUGCAAAGAGCAGCAGGGCUCCAGGAAUUUGGGGUACAGGCCGAGGGGCGGGGGGGGAGGGAUUAGAGGGGAGACAGGUUGAGAUCAGGGAGGAAGUGGGGACAGGAAUUUGAGGGGAGACUGAAACAGGGUGGCUGGGUGGGUGUUGGACGGGAGACAGGCUGAGGUGGGGAGGUCACGGGGGGCACAACAUGGGGUUUGAGGGGAGAUGGGAGAGGGGAACGAGGGUUGGAGGCACGAUGGGGAGAUGGACCGAGACUAGUGAGGGCUGGGGGGGGGGUUGAGAGGAGACAGGACUGGGGCUGAGAGGAUGGGGAUUUGAGGGGAGAUGGGAUGGGGUUGGCAGAGCUUUGAGGGGAGAUGGACCAAAGCCGGGGAGAAGGUUGGAGGGGGGAUGGGAUAAGGACGGGGGGAGAGGGGCUCCCCUCUCAUAGAUUCCGGGUCGGCAGAUGAGUGGGGGGUUGUUUUCCUGCCAAAACUCCGGCUGAGCUGGGACUAGCCGCGUGCGGGAGGUGGGAGGUGGAGCGAGAAGCAGGGGACGCCCGCCACCCACCAUAGCCAUGGGGCAGAUUCACCCUGAAACACUCAUGAGGGGGAACCCAGGCGCCCCUAAUCACGGGGGGGCAGCUUCUGUUCCCCCCCCCCUUCCCGGUCACUGCCCUGCCCCACAGCUCCUGCCCCCUCAGCCCCCUGGCUGCCAAUGUUCCCCCACGUUCUCCCACCCCCUGCAUUCCCCUGCCCCCCACUGCCCCUCCCAGCCCAGGUUGGCGCCAUUUCCCAGAGGGCAGCCUGGCGCCAAGCCCACUGGGGACACUGGGAUGUGGCGGCCAUCUUAACUGAGGGCGGGGGAUGGGCAUUUGAGGGGAAACGGGGCAGGGGAUGGGCGUGUGA